GAACAUCUCACCCCUUUGAUUCUCGGCUGAGCCAUUUUCUUGCCACUUCCUUAUCAAUUUAUCGAUUCAAUAUUUGUUAUUGUCCAAAAUCAACUCCUCAUUCACAUUAAGAUUCCAGUCUUCAGUUGGAAUUCUCCAAAUAUGCCUCACUCUACCAUUGAAACAGAUUACAGCCUAUCUAAUCUCAAACCUUUCUCUUCUCCAUCACCACCUCAACCCCUCACAAGCUUCUCACUCUUCCCUUUCCUCCCCCUAGAACUUCGUCUCCAAAUUUACACCUACUGUCUCCCAUCCCCUCGCAUCCUCGAAUUAGAAUUUUCUCCCCCCUCUCAGACAUUCGUUCCUAUCUACUUUUCCUAUUCUAGCAUUCCCGUUCUCCUCCAUCUCAUCUCCGAAUCACGUUCUUUCGCUAUCCACUACUACCAAUACAUCCCUUCUUUGAAUCUCUGGUUUAGUCCCUUUAGGGAUAGUUUCUAUUUUCGGAUAGAUUCUAGCCAGAUCUACAGUCCCUACUAUUCGGCCUGGGUUGAGAAACUCGGGAAUCUGUUAAGGUUGGGAGAGGAUUGUGAUGGAUGUGGAUACGGGCUGCAGCGAUUAAGAUAUUUAAUCAUUGGAGACGAAGCUUAUUCUCACCUGACCGUCUCAUCCACUAUUCUCGCUUCGCUUCGUGAUUUGAAGGAGAUAGGGGUAGUUACGAAAGAAGAGACACUCCCUCUCUGGCCGGAAAAUGAAGUCAUUUUAUUUUCAGAUAGGAAGACGAGAUCGACAAAGGGGAAGGAUAAUAGCAUCAAGGGCCCAUCUAUCAAUUAUUCUCACGUUCGCCGACGCUUCAAAGGUGUGCUGAUGGGUAAUUCAGACGGAUCGUUUGUUAGGGAGGAGAAAAGGGACCCUUUUGCAGUUGGCUGGUGAAGGAUUUGAUCUUGAUGCGCAAAUUAUUCAUCGGGAUUGGUUAUGUUACUUCAAUCUAGUCAUCUAAAAUUCGUUAAAAGCUUCACA